UAGAUAAUAGCCAAACAAAAUCCUUUCCCCUUUCUUAUCCCAAAAUUUUUCAACAGUCUCUCACAAUGUUACCAACAAUGUCUCUCACAGCUUCACUCAAUUCCCUAACUCUCUCAACCCCAUUUCUCCAUGGCACCACCCACCUCUCCCACCUCACAAAACCCACCUCCUCCCUCACAAUCCGCCCCCAAAAGCCCCCCUCUUUUCUCCCCUCAAUCAGGGCAAUGAAGUCACUCCAAGGCAGAGUUGUGUGCGCCACAAGUGACAAGACAGUGGCAGUUGAAGUGACAAGAUUAGCACCACAUCCUAAGUACAAGAGAAGGGUCCGAAAGAAGAAGAAGUACCAAGCUCAUGACCCUGUAAACCAGUUUAAAGUUGGUGACUUUGUUCAGCUUGAAAAAUGUAGACCCAUCAGCAAGACUAAAACUUUUCUUGCUAUUCCUGUUCCUGCUAGGGUUAGGAAGGAUAGUAAUUCAGGUGUUGUUGAUGGGGAACUUGGAAUUCCUUUGGAGUCUCAACAGGGUUUGCAACCCCAGUUGGCUUAAAUAAAUGUGAGGUUUUGUUGCUUUGUAAUUGUUUUUUUCUUGUUUGAAUUUGAUUUGUGUUGUAAUUUCAUGAUGUCAUACUGUGAUGAUGAGAGCAACUUUGUGGUUAUGAAGUUGAUUUUGUUGAUUUUAA